GCUCUGCGCAUAUUUUGGAUCCGGUCAGUUAGUUUGCCGCAAUCACAACGCGAUCACUGGCAUCACUUUUUUUCUGCACACCUAGGAACAGCCGAUGGUUAACUGAUCUCGCGAUGUCUAUCACGCUAGCAUUGAUCGUUGUCAUCGUUGCAUUGUUUGCAUGGAGCACGUACAAGAGGAUGACUUUCUUCAAGAAGUUGGGUCUGCCCGGCCCAACUCCCCUUCCGAUUGUUGGCAACAUGCUGACAUACGGACAGGGUAUGCACACAGCACAUGAAAUAUGGUCCAAGAAAUAUGGUAAAACAUACGGUGUCUUUGAAGGAGCGAGGAAGGCAAUUAUAACCUCUGACCUAGAUAUUAUCGAAGAGGUGCUCAUUAAACAGUUCAACAACUUUUGUGAUCGGCAGCACUUUCCCCUCCGGCCCAAACUGCUGCAAAACGAUCUUCUAAGCUUACACGGUGACCGCUGGAAGCUGAUGAGGGGCACCAUCUCACCGACUUUCAGCAGAUCCAAAAUGCAAAAGAUGGCAAGUUUAGUCACGAAUAGGGCGGAUAUUCUUCUGAGAAACUUGGACAGGGUGUGCGACCAAGGACAGCGAAACGUUGAAAUUUCCAAAAUACUGGGGAGUUUCGUCCUUGAGUCUGGUGCCUUGUGUGCGUAUGCCACAGAGAUAGACUCCCAGAAUCUUGCUGAUACUACGUUCGUCGAUAUGGCCUGUCUUUUCUUUCAAGGAUUUAAGGAGCAACAGCACGCUUGGGCAAUCACCCUUAUGAUGCCCUGGAUGGAGCCUGUGUUGCGUUUGAUGGGGUUUUCGUUACACCCAAUGAAAGCUCUGAAGUUCUUCCAGAAUCUUAUCAUGGACAUUAUCAGCGAACGGAAGGCGGAUCAUAACCAAAAGGAAUACGUCGACUUCUUACAGUUGUUGAUGAAAGCCCACAACUUCCAGGACGAGGACACGCCCAAGGAAGAGAGAGUUGAGGUGGACUACAAGCGCGCACUCACCGACGACGAAGUCACUGCUAUGGCUGUGGUAUUCUUCCUUGGUAACUAUGAGACCACAACCACCACCCUUUGCUUCAUCGCCUACCUUUUGGCAACUCACCCGGAUGUACAGGAGCGGCUGAUCAAAGAGAUCGAUGACGUCAUCGGGGAACGUACCGCUCUUAUCUAUCAAGACAUGGCUGCCCUGCCGUACUUGGACAUGGUUCUGCAUGAAUCAAUGAGGAUCUAUCCACCGGCCGUUGAGUUCGAUCGAAUUUGUCAGGAGGACUGCGUCAUCAAAGGCAUCCCAAUCCCAAAGGGGGUGAUGAUGGAAAUCCCAAUAUGGGUUGUUCAUCACGAUCCUGAAACAUGGCCAGACCCGUACACUUUUGAUCCAGAGAGGUUUGCUCCAGAGAAGCGAAGUAAGAUUCACAAUGUGGCCUGGCUACCUUUUGGUGAAGGUCCCCGGAAGUGUAUCGGUUACCGCUUCGCCAUAAUGCAAACCACCUUUGUCCUUGUCCGACUGCUUCAGAAAUAUCGUUUUGAAACGUGUGAGGAGACCGAGAUUCCGCCGAAAUUCGGUAAGCAUGGGCUGAUCCUACCAGAGAAUGGAAUGACACUGCGUCUUGCUCCACGAAACAAAUAAACUCGCAACUGAGACCCUACGGACAGAAGCAGGACUUGUCAUGGAUUGGGUUUUAGUUGUAUCAGUUAGUAGGAACUAAAAAUUACUGCUGAAUGGUGAAUUUUAAAUGGGUUAAUGUCAAAUAGAUUAUUUCAAACUUUUCAGCUGCUACUUUGAAGUGAAAAUAAAAUGAGCACUUCAGCAGUCAACGGUAAACUACAAAGGGAUUAAUUAACUAAAAAAAGAGGUUUAAAGCAAAACAGAGAUGUAUAAAUAAUUUAGCACAAGACGUCAGGUGAACCCUUUUGUUUUUGUUCACUCAUUAAUUAAUUUAGUUUCAAGUACACCUUGCAUUUUUGUUAUUCCACACCAUAUGCCCUUAUGUCGUGGCAAUAAGUUCUGAUUUGUUGGUUUCAUUGGACACUGUGAAAAACGAAAAGAUGAUAAUUGCGAGUUAAGCGUCAUAGAAAAAUGCACACAAAUUACAUUCAAAAUGUAGCACGGUUAUGGGUCGAUACUCAGUGGUAGCUCACAGACGUAUUUAGCACAUAUACUACAUGUACAUUAUAUGAGGGUGGAUAGUCGGUUUUAGCUCUAAGAAGUAGACCUAUACUGGACGUUUACAAACUAGUUGUCGAGGCAAAGCCCGAAAGGGUCAAUUUUAAAUGAUCCUGAAGAAAGUCAUAUUCCUUGACCUGCAAAGACGGUAAGACCCAAAGGGAAACGGAUCUGGGUGACGUCAUCGGAAGAAAACUUGGAACUUUUAUCAAUAUUAAUAAUAUACUAUCAUUUAAUGGACAAAUAAAUCUUUCACGGUUGAUCGACUUAAAUCUUUUUUUAACAUUAAAGGUCUUUUUAUUGUAACGCUCAUUCUGAUGACGCCAUUAGCUUGAGCCCUCAGGUGCGUUAUAUACAUAAAAGUCGUGGACUAAUUUUAGGAUGAUUUCGCCACAUACAUACUGAAACCAUCAACCUUACCACCAGAGGGCGGUCGAGUAUUUGACGAGAACCUUCCUAGUUUCACUUUCACCACUGUUGAAAACAAAUUCGGAUCUUUGAUAUUCACUGAUUAUGUUAUUUUUCCAAUUUCAACUGGAAGCAAGCUAGGGCCACAUGAUUUUUACACACAGUCUCAAUGAAAACACAUAGAUUUAUUCCAUGACUUCUGCAAAAUAAAUGAAAGAUAUAUACUUUUCGACACCUUUUA